AUGUCGGCGCGCGGGGAGCUGCCGCGCCUGGCGCUGAGCCCGCCCCAGGCAGCAGCUGCUGCGCCGGGGAUCCAGCCUCCUGCCAAACCGCGUCACCCUGCGAGGCUGGGCAGGACCCGGUCAGCCCGCCUGCACCCCCUCUGCACCCGCCCGCUGGAGCCCCCCAGGACUCGACCUGGCCCUGUCCCGCCUGCACCCGCCCGCUGGAGCCCCCCAGGACUCGACCUGGCCCUGUCCCGCCUGCACCCGCCCGCUGGAGCCCCCCCAGGACUCGACCUGGCCCUGUCCCGCCUGCACCCGCCCUCUGGGAGCCCCCCCCCAGGACUCGACCUGGCCCUGUCCCGCCUGCACCCGCCCGCUGGAGCCCCCCAGGACUCGACCUGGCCCUGUCCCGCCUGCACCCGCCCUCUGGGAGCCCCCCCCAGGACUCGACCUGGCCCUGUCCCGCCUGCACCCGCCCGCUGGGAGCCCCCCCCCCAGGACUCGACCUGGCCCUGUCCCGCCUGCACCCGCCCGCUGGAGCCCCCCAGGACUCGACCUGGCCCUGUCCCGCCUGCACCCGCCCGCUGGAGCCCCCCAGGACUCGACCUGGCCCUGUCCCGCCUGCACCCGCCCUCUGGGAGCCCCCCCCCAGGACUCGACCUGGCCCUGUCCCGCCUGCACCCGCCCGCUGGAGCCCCCCAGGACUCGACCUGGCCCUGUCCCGCCUGCACCCGCCCUCUGGGAGCCCCCCCCCAGGACUCGACCUGGCCCUGUCCCGCCUGCACCCGCCCGCUGGAGCCCCCCAGGACUCGACCUGGCCCUGUCCCGCCUGCACCCGCCCGCUGGAGCCCCCCCCAGGACUCGACCUGGCCCUGUCCCGCCUGCACCCGCCCGCUGGAGCCCCCCCCAGGACUCGACCUGGCCCUGUCCCGCCUGCACCCGCCCUCUGGGAGCCCCCCCCCCAGGACUCGACCUGGCCCUGUCCCGCCUGCACCCGCCCUCUGGGAGCCCCCCCCAGGACUCGACCUGGCCCUGUCCCGCCUGCACCCGCCCUCUGGGAGCCCCCCCCCAGGACUCGACCUGGCCCUGUCCCGCCUGCACCCGCCCUCUGGGAGCCCCCCCCCAGGACUCGACCUGGCCCUGUCCCGCCUGCACCCGCCCUCUGGGAGCCCCCCCCCGGACUCGACCUGGCCCUGUCCCGCCUGCACCCGCCCUCUGGGAGCCCCCCCCCAGGACUCGACCUGGCCCUGUCCCGCCUGCACCCGCCCUCUGGGAGCCCCCCCCCAGGACUCGACCUGGCCCUGUCCCGCCUGCACCCGCCCUCUGGGAGCCCCCCCCCAGGACUCGACCUGGCCCUGUCCCGCCUGCACCCGCCCUCUGGGAGCCCCCCCCCAGGACUCGACCUGGCCCUGUCCCGCCUGCACCCGCCCUCUGGGAGCCCCCCCCCAGGACUCGACCUGGCCCUGUCCCGCCUGCACCCGCCCUCUGGGAGCCCCCCCCAGGACUCGACCUGGCCCUGUCCCGCCUGCACCCGCCCUCUGGGAGCCCCCCCCAGGACUCGACCUGGCCCUGUCCCGCCUGCACCCACCCUCUGGGAGCCCCCCACAAUGA